CUAUUUGCGCGCAGCUCAUUUUUGUGUGUUGUAGAGACAAGAUUACGUUUGCCGAUGUCGUAAAACAGUUUAAAAUUAGAAAUCUCAGUUUAGUUUUUUUGAGGCUGGCUGCUUGUAUUUUUGAGUAAGCCAAAUUUUAGAAACAAUCGUCGACUUGAAAUUCUUGGGAAAUUUAUAUCAAGAAUUUGACAACAUUUGCCUUGUGAUGGGUCACGUGACAGCACGUGAAGUGGCAUAGACAACGCAUCCAUUCGUCAGUUUUCGGGCGAACAGGCAGGCGCAGUUUGGUGUUUUAUUGAGCAGACUGCCUAUAAGUGAAAACUGAAAAAUGGCAAAGGUGAUCUCUCACGCCCAGGCGACCAAGGAACAUGUCCUGGCAGUCUCCAGGGACUUCAUUUCCCAGCCCAGGCUCACUUACAAGACUGUGUCUGGUGUAAACGGUCCUCUCGUCAUCUUGGAUGAAGUCAAGUUCCCCAAGUUCUCUGAGAUCGUACAGCUAAAGCUUGCAGAUGGAACCCUUCGUUCUGGUCAGGUACUCGAGGUCAGCGGCUCCAAAGCCGUCGUCCAAGUGUUCGAAGGGACAUCAGGUAUUGACGCGAAGAACACACUCUGCGAGUUCACGGGUGACAUUCUUCGUACACCGGUCUCUGAAGACAUGUUGGGUCGCGUGUUCAACGGUUCCGGCAAACCCAUCGACAAGGGUCCCCCAAUCUUGGCCGAGGACUUCUUGGACAUCCAGGGUCAGCCCAUCAACCCAUGGUCACGUAUCUACCCAGAGGAGAUGAUCCAAACUGGUAUCUCCGCUAUUGAUGUGAUGAACUCUAUUGCCCGUGGUCAGAAGAUCCCCAUCUUCUCGGCCGCCGGUUUGCCUCACAAUGAAAUCGCCGCCCAGAUCUGUAGACAGGCCGGUCUUGUCAAGGUCCCCGGCAAGUCAGUCUUGGACGACCACGAGGACAACUUCGCCAUUGUGUUCGCCGCUAUGGGUGUCAACAUGGAAACGGCCAGAUUCUUCAAGCAGGACUUUGAAGAGAACGGUUCCAUGGAGAACGUGUGUCUCUUCUUGAACUUGGCCAACGAUCCUACCAUCGAGAGAAUUAUUACACCUCGUCUCGCCCUGACCGCCGCCGAGUUCUUGGCUUACCAGUGUGAGAAACACGUGUUGGUCAUUCUGACCGACAUGUCUUCGUAUGCUGAGGCUCUGCGUGAGGUGUCAGCCGCCCGCGAGGAAGUACCCGGACGACGUGGUUUCCCAGGUUACAUGUACACCGAUUUGGCGACCAUCUACGAGCGCGCCGGACGUGUGGAGGGCAGGAACGGAUCCAUCACCCAGAUCCCGAUCUUGACUAUGCCCAACGAUGACAUCACCCAUCCCAUUCCCGAUUUGACCGGUUAUAUUACCGAAGGACAGAUCUACGUGGACAGACAGCUUCACAACCGUCAGAUCUAUCCCCCUGUGAACGUGCUACCUUCCCUCUCCCGUCUCAUGAAGUCCGCCAUUGGCGAGGGCAUGACGAGGAAGGAUCACUCUGACGUUUCCAACCAGCUGUACGCGUGCUACGCUAUCGGCAAGGACGUGCAAGCCAUGAAGGCCGUGGUAGGUGAGGAGGCUCUGACGCCCGACGAUCUGCUAUACCUCGAGUUCCUGACCAAAUUCGAGAAGAACUUCAUCACGCAGGUACGGACAUUUAUUGUACUACUAGCUGACAAGGCAGACUUCGUAGUGCCUCAAUCGAUAAAUAAAAGACCUAAACUUUUGUAUAAAAUGAACUUAAAGCAAACAAAGGGAAUCCCUGUCCGACGGAGGACACAUCAAAGGGAAAACGAAAUUGUUAUUUUUAUUCAAUUCCGAGCAUUUUCAUAUUUAUCUACCUUUUAAACCUUCUCUGGACUUCCACAAAUAAUUCAAGACCAAAAUUAGCCAAAUCGGUGCAGCCGCUCUCGAGUUUUAGCGAGACUAACGAACAGCAAUUCAUUUUUAUAUAUAUAGAUAAUCACGAUCAUGCUAUACUGGUUUUUUACUGGUGGUAGGACGUCUUAUGAGUCCGCACGGAUAAGUACCACCGCCCUGUCUAUUUCUGCCGUGAAGCAGUAAUGCGUUUCGGUUUGAAGGGUGAGGCAGCCGUUGUAUUGUUAAAAGUGAAACCUUAGAACUCAUAUCUCAAGGUGGGUAACCACUUAACAAUCAGGUGGGCUGUAAGCUCGUCCACCCAUCAAAGGAAAAAAAUGUGUUGAUUGUGCAUACAAUGUAACUACCAAUAACAAAAUACAGAUCCAAUAAUUUCAAGGAUCCACAUCCUCAGCAUGGCAGAUACUUGAACAGUCAUUGUUGUUACCAAAAAUGACAUAUUAUUCAAUUCAGGGUAACUACGAGAACCGCACAGUCUUCGAGUCCCUGGACAUCGGCUGGCAGUUGCUGCGUAUCUUCCCCAAGGAGAUGCUGAAACGUAUCCCGGCUUCCACCCUGGCCGAAUUCUACCCGAGAGACUCCCGCCAUUAAGCCUGCAACCUUGGAGUGCUCGUGAAUGUGUUCUGAACUGCCCUCGACAUUAACAAUAAGAUAUUAUAUGAUGUGUUAUAAAUUUGGUGUUCCCGUACCAAUGUCACAGUGCUAUAGACUGAAUGUAAUUUUGAAUUUGAUUACUUUGAUUACUACAAUUAAUUUGAUUACUAAUUGUCUUUAAGAGACCUAAAUAAUUACGGUCAACAGAUACCUUUGCCAAACAUUAUAUAAAGGUAUAAUAUUGUAAUUUUGAAUUUGAUUACUUUGAUUACUUUGAUUACUACUAUUAAUUUGAUUACUUAUUGUCUUUAAGAGACCUAAAUAAGUACGGUCGACAGAUACCUUUGCCAAACAUUCUAAAGGUAUAAUAAUAUUUUGAACAAAUCCAGUUUGUCGUUGGCAUAUUCAGAACAUUAAAACGAUAAAUUGUAAGAUAUAUUGUUUAAUAGUAAGUUGUUAAUAGUUAAUGUUUAUAACAUGUAUUGCGAUCACGUUACAAGAAAAAAAAAUAUUUAAAAUAUUAUAUGUAUUACUUAAAAUAAUAUUUCAAACCAUAAAACGGAAUAUAUAGUAGCGUUUCUUCUGUAUAUAAAUAAAACUAUAGAUUAAAAAAUUAUUCAAACUUUUUUUUUUUGUUGAUAGAGACGCAAUUAAAUAUUUUUGGUGCUUCAUUGUUGUAUUUGCGGUACAUAUAUUGGAUGUGUUCUUUCUUAUAAAUGGUAAUAUUUUAAAAAAAAAACUAUAUGAUAUUAAUGUGAUAUCGCUUAUCCGAGUAACAAUGUGAAGUGUAAUAAUUUUUGUGUAAAUAAAUUUUUGAAAGCCGAUAAAUAAAUAGCCCGGUGUUAGAUACGUAUGUUACAUUCCAUGUUCGCGUCCGCCCCCGUUGUUUGCUAAUGGCGCUCAAAAUGCAUGGAUGAUGUCUUCAAUGGAAAUAAAAACUAAUAGAAAGUU